AUGAGCACAAAUGAGUCUUUUACCUAAAAUUAGACAAAGAUCAAAGCUUCACUUUUCUUAGACAUUAACUUAUGCUAUUAUAGAAAGUGCUCGAGAAUGAUUAUUACGCAAGAAAAGGAACCAAAAUCAUACGAUCUAGUUAAAAUUAUUGGUUCAGGAGGUAACGCAGUAGUUAAACUUGCUUAGAAGUAUAAAUCUGGUAUCGAAAACAAUCCUCGGCAACUUAAAUAAAUUGCUAUCAAAUAAAUAAAAAAAUCUUCUUUGCUCAAAGAUAAAGUAGCAAUUAAUUAACUAAAAGUUGAAAUCGAGGUACAUAGAAAAUUAUAGAAUUGUGCUAAUAUAUUAGGUCUUUACAAAGUAUACGAGUCUAAUAACAAUGUUUACCUGUUCCUAGAGUAUCAAGAAGGUGGUACCUUAAUGAAUAUUCUCAAAAAUUCUAAGGAAAUGAUAGAAAAAGAUUUGCAAAUAAUAAUGGGGUAACUAAUUUUGGCGACAGAUUACAUGCAUUAAAUGGGUAUCAUUCACAGAGACUUAAAGCCAUAAAAUAUUUUGCUGAAUUCUAAAGAAAAGAAGAAUUUAGAUUUGCGAAUCGCUGAUUUUGGACUUUCGUGCAUAUACAAUAAUGCUAAAAAGCCCUCAGAAAAAUGUGGUACACCGACUUACAUAGGGCCUGAAAUGCUUAAAAGUAGUCGUUAUGAUUACAAAGUAGACAUAUUUAGUUUGGGAUCAAUAAUGUAUAAUUUAGUUACUGGCCGCUACUUAUUUUAAAGCAAGAAAAAUGAUAAUAUUUUACACCUUAAUAUGCAAUGCAACCUCGAUCAUAUCGACAAAUACAUAUCUUCUCUAACUUAUGAAGGUAGAGAUUUGUUAAAAAAACUUUUGGAAAAAGAUCCAUUACUUCGACCUAAUGCUAAGUAAGCACUUAAGCAUCCAUGGUUUUAGGCAGACAGAGAAGCCUUGGAUGUUGCUUUGGUCAUUAAUGAGCAGAUCUAGAAUUUAACUUAUUAAAAGAAGUUCAAUAUCUCAUCUAGCCAAUUAAAUUAAGAAAGUGGGGCUUAAAGUUCCCACUACAAUAAUGAAAAUUAAAGAGGGAGCUCCCAUCAUUAAUGA